AUGUCCAUCGCACCAUGCGGACGAGACGCUGUUCUAGCAGGUAGAAAAGGUCUUUUGGUGAUUGACCUUGAUGAUCCUUUUGCCCCACCUAGAUGGUUACAUCAUGAAACUUCUUGGGAGGUUGCUGACGUUCAAUGGUCACCCCACAGCUCGAAACCUUCGUGGAUCGUUUCGACCUCAAAUCAAAAAGCAAUGGUGUGGAAUUUAGCUAGGCCAUCAAACGAUGCCAUAGAGUACGUCUUACAUUCACAUAUAAGGGCUAUAACAGAUAUACACUUUCAUCCACAGAAUCCAGAAAUGCUAGCUACAUGUUCUGUGGACUCAUUCGUUUUGGCAUGGGAUCUACGAUGUCCCAAAGAGCCUGUUUAUCAAUGGUCCGAUUGGAGAUCUGCGGCGUCCCAGGUAAAGUGGAAUUAUAAGGACCCCAAUAUUAUAGCUUCAUCUCAUGACAAUAACAUUUUAAUAUGGGAUGUACGAAAAGGUGCAAUUCCAAUGAAAAGUAUAGAGGCACAUGAUGCAAAAAUCAAUGGAUUGGACUGGAGUCGUGAGAACAAAUAUGAGCUUAUCUCCUCUUCUAAUGAUAUGUCUGUGAAAUUCUGGUCCUUCGAUAAAGAAUAUGACAAACCUGUUUACACGAUUCGUACUGACUUCCCUGUCUCUAAAUCUCGCCACGUUCCAUUUGGUGAUCACAUAUGCGGCAUAAUGCCUUUAAGAGGUGGUAAUGACUCCGUUUACAUUGUUGAUUACAAGAACAAAGUUGGUGAAUCAAGCUUGGCACCUUGCUACAUAUUUAAAGGCCAUACGGAGCCUGUUAGGGAUUUUGUAUGGAGAUCUCGCCACACACCAAAUACCAGUGUAAAUGACAGCGAAUAUCAAUUGGUCACAUGGUCAUCGGAUAGGGAUUUGCGGUUGUGGCCAAUGAAUGAUGACAUGUACAAAAACUUCAAUUUCAAGAGAAAUAAUCAGUUACCACCUGGCCAAAAACUUUCAGAAUUUGAAUAUCGUUCUUAUCGUCCGGAGCCCAAUGUUUCCUCUGAAAAUAAACUGGUUAUUCGACAUAAGAGUAGAAGAUACAAAGGGUCUUCUUACGGCGAGAGCUUUAAGAAUAAUAGUGAAUUCAACCACCUAACAUGGAUAUCUGGAAUCAAAAUUGGUCAGUCUGCAUUCCAGCAUAUUGAUAAUGACCCUAAUAGUGCAACGUUUGGUGACAAUAGUAACCAGCCACUCAAUUUGGGUGAGGAAGUUAGUAACGUGGGUCACAAGUUUCCAAAAUUGAGAUUUGAGAGGAUAUCAGUUUCUACUGGUGUACUUGUGAUUUCAUUAAAUGGACCGUGGUCCUUGCAAGAUAAAGAUGAUUUGAUUUUUAUAAGGGUGGAAUUCAAUUUUCCUAAAGGUUAUCCGUCAUCUAAAGCUGUGCCUAAAUUCAAGGUUGAAGAAACUCAUGAGCUUUCCUCUGAAAAAAAGCAAGAAAUACUGAAAAACCUACAAGAAAUUGCCACAAAAUUCUGUGCACAUGAGAGAUUCUGCCUAGAGCCUUGUUUGAGGUUUUUGUUGGGAGAGAAAGUUGAUAUGGACUUUGAAGUUGAAGAAACCUUGGAGUCUUAUGAUUUAAACUACAGUGAAGAUACAAUCAAUAAGAAUUUGAUGUCAGUCAGUCCGGGAGGAGAUGACGAAGAUGAAGAUGACGAAGAUGACGAUAUUGAUGACAUAUCAGAUAAUAACAAUCUAAAAAACAACUUCAAAAAAGCUCCAUUUGAUAGUACCCCUGUUUCAAAAGGUUGCGGUGCAAUAUGGACACCUAGUGGCCACUUGGUGUGUUUUUUCAUAUCCAAAGAGACGAACGAUGAUCAGCAUUUCAUAAAGUUUGGUCAGCAGGGCUUUAGUUUGGUGAGAAACUUAAAGCGGAAGCAUGUUGAAAAUGGUUUGCAAUUGGGUAAACAAGUUUUUAUUGACGGUGCACUUUCAAACAAGGACGAGCCAUUUUCCGAUUCUAGUUCUUCCGAUGACAGUUUGUCAAAUGAUUUUGACGUGUUUCAAUAUAACAGACUUUACCGUACAAAAGUGCCGGACUUACUUCGAAACGCCAAUUUAAACACAAGACAAUAUUCAUCUAAUGCUAAAAGCAAUCCUAUGUCUGCACCGACAGAACGUUCACAAGUUACAAAUAAUUCCAAAACUCAACAUUCUAGAAAUAUUGUUAAAAUAUAUGAUUUCCGACAUUUGAUACCCUCCAAGAUGGAGCUGGCCUAUGAAUACCGCGUACUAGGAGAUAGUCCUCAUGUUUUAGCGCAAUAUAAUGCUGAAGUGGCGGAAAAAUAUGGAUACACAGUAAUUUCCAAUUGCUGGAAGAUUCUCUCAAUACUCUUGGUAAAAGAUGUCAUGAUAGAUGCGGAUAUCGCCACUAAUAUACUUCAAAAAAUUGGAGAAAGCACAAACAAUUUUGAGCUGCUUCGCAACUAUAGGUUUUACUGGGGCUUUCAUCCAUUUGGGGGAAUUUGGCUAGUAAAACAGCUGUUUUCAUAUUUCAAGAAAGUCAAUGAUAUUCAGAUGCUCGCAAUGCUCUCAUGUGUACUGUUUGAAAACGAUGUUAUCAAGGAUCAUGUACAUGUUCCUAUCAACUCCCCAUAUACCCGGAUGGAAACACAUACUGAUACAAAGAAAUCGAUUCUUCGCAACGGCUCUGGAGCACAGAGAACUGGGUCAUGUCGUGUACCGUCGAUAAGUACUCUAUCAUCAUACGAGUACGAUAACCGGAGUUUCAAGAGUUCUUCCCCUGCUGGAGAUAUCGUAGGCGGCAACAAUGUACUCCACAAUCGUCGAGGAAUCAAACAUCAAGUACUGAGUAAUGGAGGAGGAGGAGGUACAGGGAAUGGAUCCGGUGGUGAUUUCGAUCAUUACAUGCAAUACGAUAGUAUCUCCAAUACUCCCCAAUUAUCUAGAUCAUUAUCCACAGCUUCACUCAACGUCUUCAACCAGCAAUUUGGAAAAUCUUUAAGUAUGGCGAAAACUCCCCUAGCAGAAGAGAAAAUGUUUGUUAGAUAUGACGACAUGCCGAUUGUCAACAUACAAAUGCAAAAUUUUGCAGAAUUGGACCUUUAUGAAAACGAGUACUGUGUGAAUAUCGAAGGUUUUGUCAACCCCGAACAGCUGAAAGUUUUCCGUGCAGAAUAUGCAGCUAUUUUAUUUUGCUGGGGGCUUCCUGCAAGCAGGUUGAAGAUUCUCAAAUUCAAUUACAAUUACAAUCAAAACUACAAUUGCAAUGCAGUUUCAAUUGCUAACACUGACAUUUCUUUCCUGAGUAAAACGGAUAGUAUGAUAUUAAAUAGCGACAACAAAGGCGAUAUGAACGAAUAUGACUACAAGACUUUCAGCACCCGCCAUCCGCUUAGGUUUUCCAAGGUGAAGGCUUUUGAGCAAGCUGAACUGACGACCAAGAUGUAUUUCUCGAAUGAUUCAAAUUGUGAGAUUAUAGUUCAAAUACCCGAGAUGUCGAGGAGGGAAACAAGUGCUAUGUUAGGACAUGACACGGUUGAGACAAAAAUUGCGGAGAAUGGCUCGAAUAGACUGAAACAGCAAUUUGGCGGAGGCUUCAUGCAGAACCCUGUUGAGCAACGACUCUUUCUUAUGAAGAACGCUUUGAAGCCUCUCUCUAAGGAGGAGAUUGUUUGCAGCAAGCUCAACCAGUCCAAACUUCCCGAUAUAUUUCAAAAUACAGGCCAGUUUUUGAAAGAGAUGGACCCUCAGGAGAUCGAAUUUUGGGAGUUAAUGAACGAGGAGUUCGAGAAUGACCUCCAGGAUUUGCAGGUUGAAUACAAGGGCGACCAGCAGCGGUGCCGGCGCUUAGUGGACGAGGCUACGGUACAGACGUUUUUUGAAAGGGUGAAAAGUAACAGAAGGUUGGGAAGAAGACGCCAUCCUGGUGUGGAAAGGUCAUUGGGAGCGCUUAUAUGCCAGCGGAAAAAGUAUCCUAUUUUAGACCAAUCUGAGCUAUUUAGCCUCAUUGAGGAUUUCAGGAAUAUCGACAUUGACGAAAACGGAUGGGCGGACAAGAAGGAUGUCAUUGAGAGUGUGUCUAAAAGCGGCAAGGGCUCCUAUGACGAAGUCAGAGAAGCAUUAAAGAAUGUUUCUGUCGAUGCCUCCGGCCAUGUGGAACUUGACGAUUUCGUCGAAUUGAACGCUAAGUUGAAGGAGGCGAAACAAUCGGGAGGCUCAUCGGGCCCUUCUUCUGCGCAAAUGGCUGGUUCUCAGAGUGGAGCAGAGACCUUCGUUCGUAACAAGGCGAAGGUCGUGUUAGGGUCGGGCAGAACUAUGCACACUAUCGAUGACGAAGAGCGUGUGGAAUUCACGAGACACAUCAACUCUGUCCUUGCAGGCGAUGCGUUGGUGGGCGCUAGGGUUCCGUUUGAUUUGGACACUUUCCAGCUCUUCGACGAGUGUACCGACGGUUUGGUGUUGUCUGCUUUGAUCAAUGACUCUGUUCCGGAUACAAUCGACACGAGAGUGUUGAACUUGCCAAAGGGAGGCAAGCCAUUGAACAACUUCAAAUUGUUAGAAAACGCCAACAUUGUUUUGAACUCCGCUAAGGCCAUUGGCUGUAUUGUCGUCAACGUUCAUUCGGAAGAUAUAACCGCCGGUAAGGAGCAUUUGAUAUUAGGUCUCAUAUGGCAAAUUAUCAGAAGAGGUUUGUUGAGUAAGAUUGAUAUUAAGUUACAUCCCGAGUUGUACAGAUUAUUGGAAGAUGAUGAAACCUUGGAACAAUUCUUGAGAUUGCCACCUGAGAAGAUUUUGUUAAGAUGGUUCAACUACCAUCUCAAGGCCGCCAACUGGCACAGAAAGGUCAACAAUUUCUCACAAGACGUACAAGAUGGUGAGAAUUAUACUGUUUUAUUGAACCAAUUGGCACCAGAACUUUGUUCACGUGCUCCACUACAAACCGCUGAUCUAUUGCAGAGAGCAGAGCAAGUUUUAUCCAAUGCUGAUAAAUUGCAAUGCCGGAAAUAUUUGACGCCUAAGUCGUUAGUUGCAGGUAACCCUAAGUUAAACUUGGCGUUUGUGGCACACCUUUUCAAUACCCAUCCUGGCUUGGAGCCUGUUGAGGAUGAGGAGAAGCCGGAAAUUGAAGAUUUCGAUGCUGAGGGCGAAAGAGAAGCAAGAGUUUUUACUUUAUGGUUGAACUCUUUGGAUGUGGAUCCACCUGUUGUCUCUUUGUUCGAGGACUUGAAAGACGGUCAAAUAUUAUUAGAAGCGUACGAUAAGGUGAUGCCAGGUUCUGUUGAUUGGAAACAUAUCAACAAGAGACCAACCAAUGGAAAUGAUAUGUCGAGGUUCAAAGCGUUGGAAAACACAAAUUAUUGUGUUGCCAUUGGCAAAGCCAACCAUUUCUCGUUGGUUGGUAUCGAAGGUUCAGAUAUCACUGAUGGUACAAAGAUUUUAACGUUAGGUUUGGUUUGGCAGUUAAUGAGAAGAAACAUCAACAACACGUUAUCUUCUUUAUCUGUCAAUGGCAAGGAAGUUUCUGACCAAGACAUCCUCAAGUGGGCCAACUCCAUGGUUGCUAAAGGUGGAAAGAGUUCAAGUAUCAGAUCAUUCAAGGACCCGUCUUUGUCCACCGGUCAAUUCUUGUUGGAUGUGUUGCACGGCAUGAAACCAGGGUAUGUUGACUACGAUUUAGUCAUGUCUGGCAACACUGAGGAGGAGAGAUAUGCCAAUGCCAAGCUUGCCAUUUCUAUUGCGAGAAAAUUGGGAGCGUUGAUUUGGUUGGUUCCUGAGGAUAUCAACGAAGUUAGAUCGAGGUUGAUUUUGACUUUUGUUGGUUCCUUGAUGUCUUUGAAGGCAUAA